AAAAAACCUCAUAUUAAACAACGUAAUCGAAGAAGCCAAGAAAAGAAUCUGUGAAAAAAUCAUCGAAAAACAUCAAGAUCUUUUCAAUGAAAUUAAGAGUAAAAUCAACACCUCUUACAAAGAAGAACUCUUUGAAUUUUUAGAUAGUACCAUUGAAGAUUUUGUCACCGAUGAUAUCGAUAAAUUUAUAUUCGCGUCAAUCUUUCGUACAUUUACCAAACAUUACUACUUUCACGUUCCUGUUGGUGAAGAAUACAAUCUGCUUACAAAAGAUGAAAAAAUCUUUUUUAAGAAUUUAUUGAAACAUGUAAUUGAAUAUCAAGAACAAAAAUUUGAAAAUUAUUCAAAUACUUAA